AUGGACAAAGAGAGAUCCAAGGGGCUUUCGCUCCGUAAGAAGAGCGGGAAGGGCGGGAAGUCUACGAAGCCCAUCAUUGGGCCUCCAAGACAGGUUCCUAUGCCCCCGAUGCCCGGAGCGAAGCUCGACACGACCCCGUCAAUCCCGCUACAGGUCCGGUCCAGGGAUAAGGAAAAGGUUGCCGACUUGGUCAAACGACGGAUGUCUACACGUUUUCCAUUGCCCGUGGAGGGUGUAGGAAAGCUGCCGCCAAUGCCUACGAUUCCGGCCAUGCCUUCUAUCAAUGCUGGGGCAGGUGCUAAGCUACCAGUCAAAUCUACGGUCCGGAACGACGUGGACCUGGACCUGAACAUGUUUCGGGAUCCGGCAUUUAACCCAGAUACAUUUGUUACCGCUGUCCUAGCGAACGCCUCGGAUGAGGAGAUCAAAGACUACCAGCGCCGCCUCAAAGAAAUCCGAAACCGCACUUCCUCAGAUCUCCAGAAGAACGUCUUUGUCAACCGUACCCAGUUUAUAUUGAUUUCCAAAGAAAUCGACAAACUCAAGACAGAAAUGAGAGCACUCCGCAGUCUUCUAACCGAUCUCCACAACACCACCAGCUCUCUCAAAACAGACUCAGAAAACUCAAUGUCAAACAGCGACAUCAAGUCGCGCAAGGCCGCAAACAGGAGCAGCGUAGCAGACCUAACAGCGCUGCACAUGAGCCAUCUCCAGGCGCUCUGGAAACAGGUCGAGGGAGCGCAAAAGUUCCUGCCAUCGGUGCCAGGCCGACACAUCAUCCUCGAAUCGCGGCACUGGAUCGAGCUGAACGCAGCCACAUGGAAGCCCCGGCGGAUCGUGCACAUGGUGCUGCUGAACGACCAUCUCCUGAUCGCAACGGUCAAGAAGAAGCGGCAGGAGAACAACAACAGCGCCUCACCGCAGAUCAAGAACGUCGCGGAGCGCUGCUGGCCCCUCGCAGAGAUAGAAAUGGUCGAUCUCUCGCCCAGCGACUCCAAGAAGGGCCAAGUGCUCAACGCCGUCAACCUCCGCGUCGGCAAGGAGUCCUUCGUCUACCAAAACGAGGAAAUCACCAAAAAAGUCGAGCUCCUCCGCCAGUUCAAAAAGUCCGCCGACGAGCUGCGCAAGGCGCUGCGCGCCGAGAGCGAGGACAACCUCCGCCGCCGCGACAGCAUGACCUUCCUCGCCGGACGCGACCCGAAGCUGCUCGAGAAGGGCGACCUCCUCAACUCGCUCAGCGCGCACGGGUCCACGAGCGCGCUCUUCACCGUCGAGGGCCAGACGCGCAACCUGCGCUGGGUCGAGACGCAGAUGGACGAGCUCGACGAGAAGAUUGCGCACCGCGAGUUUGAGGAGGCCGUGACCAGCGUCGAGAAGCUGCGCCAGCUCGCGCUGACGCUCGCAAAGAACAAUGCCCUCGUCGCUGAGCUCAUCAACUUUAAGCUGGACGAGCGCGCGUCGCGCCUCGCGGGCAUCAUCACGACGGACCUGACGGAGAACCCGGCGAAGAAGAGUACGGUGAAGGGGAAUGUGCAGUGGCUCAUACGCCUCGAUUUCGAGGACCGCGCGCGGGAGGCGUUCUUGGAGGCGAAGUCGGCGGUGAUACAGAAGCGGACUAGACAAGUCCGAUUCGAGGGUGACGUCCCGCUCUACAUCUCCCAGGUCGCACUAGUGCAGUUCACACUCAUCAAGAACACCGUCGAGAUCUACAACAGCUGCUUCGAGUACCGUCUCGCGAGCGCGCUGGUCAAGUGGGCAAAGGACCGGGUCGAGGACUACAUGGAGCUCUUUGACCGCCAGCUCGAGGCGGUCGCGGAGGAGAACAAGGUGUUUGAGGACUGCAUGGAGAUCACGAGGCAGCACUCUGCGAUGCUGGUCGACUGCGGGCUCGACUUUAAGGAGCUGAAGGAUCCGACGCUGAGGGCCAAGAGGGUGGCGGAUCAGCAGGCGGCGGCAGCGGCGGCGGCGGGGUUGGGGCUUAACCCGUAA